AUGGCCAUUUGGCCAUUCCGGCGAAAAGGGUCUCGCAAACGCUCCCCAGGGCGAGGCCGAGCCCAGGAUGCAUUUGAUGCGCCGCAGCGGGCCAUGACGGAACCUGCAACGAAUACGGACCUAGACCACGCUUCGGGGUCUGAUCGCGCCAAGCAAAAGCGGCAACGGGAGUCGCCUAGCAGUAAGAAACUCUCAAGGAAACCCAGGACUUACAGUUUCUCGCCCGGUCGCCGGGAUUCGAUUCGUUUUGCCAAAGCGAGGCAGGAAUCGGUCCCACCAUUACCAACAGGCCCCAUCCCAGCGAGCAUACAACAAAACCAUUAUGGAGCUGCCGGACAGGGUUCAUCUGGGGCUGCGGCAAAUGAAGCUGGAAUCAGGGACCAAACACCCACCCUCCAUCUUUCCAUCUCGCAACAAAAGAGGUCGGCACAACCUCUCCCUCGCAAGAAUUCCAGCAAGCGAAGAAAGCAAGACCAUGACCGUGAGGCUGAGAUCAGGGCUUUGAGCCAGAGUCACACUAUGCCGGCCCGUCUCAAUGCCGAUAACUGGACGCAAGGAAAACCUGUCAAGAGAAACAGUAAGAGGCACAAAUCUAGCUCCCUGAUGAGGAAGUGGCAUCGCCCGGAUUCAGACAUUUCCUUGCCCAUUGCCGAGUCUUUGCACUCAGCCAUGUCCGAGGACUCGGAGCACAUUUCAUAUAGAGUAUCUGCCUUCGACGCACUUGCACCUCGCCCAACCAUACGAUAUGCCUCGAAUCCUGUUUUUGGGGCACCAAGCCAACCCGGACCAUUGCGAUCCCAGUCAGUAAAGAGAAAACUAUCUGAACGGGCUCGCAUAUCGGAAGCCGAACUCAAGGCACACAAGCGGGUAGACAACCUCGCAGAUGACCUGGACGCAUCUGACUUGCGCGAGUUGAUGGAAAGAGAUAAGCGGAGGAGGGAAAGGAAGCAAGAAAAAGAGCGAGAAAGAGUCGAAAGACGGCUAGCCAGAAGGGCUGAACGACAGCGUGCUGAAGAAGCAGAGGCUCGAAAGAAUGGGACACCACCGCCGCAGAAUUUAGAGAGAGGUGUUUUAGGUCGAGAGGCUCCUGCCGUUGAAACAGAUACUACCUCGGCAGUGGUCACGUCAACCAGGAGGCGCCCUUCCGCUGAAGAUGCCGAAGUCAAUGACAGCUCACCAAAGUCGGAAACUGAAGAUGGGAAGGGCCAACGUGCUCCGUCGCCGUUGGAGGAAUUCCAUCGGGAAAAUAGUUUCGAUGCUGGAGCAGAUGAAAUCCAGCGCGACCCUCUACCCGAGCAGAAGCAAACUUCGACUGAACCUGCUAAGCAAGAGUCACGCUCACCUAGCCCAGGCAUCAUUGGCUUCAUGAGAUCGAGGAAACGUCGCUCGAAAUCGCCAUUGCCCACGGGGUCUGAACAGCAUGAUGGCCGAUCCGAAUCCACAAGAAUUGUUUCGAAAUCUGAAAGCGAAUCACUUGACCGGCGGCUUUCUGAGAGCAGUUCAAGUAGACCUUGGUUGUCAAGAUUCAGGUGGUCGAGGAGAGGUGGUAAAGCCCGACGUACAUCUGAUGAACCGUCUUCAUUCUCGAAUACUUCUCGAGACUCCAUGCCGACGGCGCAGCAAGGCUCGCAAACACCCACCUACGCACCUGUCCAACGGUCGAAUUCAAAGGUUCCCAAACGCACAAUGUCACGUUUCAGAGAAGAUUUGCCGGAGCUGCCUUUAUCGCCCCCAGACAGUCGUGUAGCGUCGCCUGAAGGUGAGGUUCAACAGCCUGAGCCUUUAGCCGCCAUCACCGAUGACGUUGUUAUGAGAUAUGAUACACCAGCUUCUGGACAUCGCGAGACGCCAAACUCUUUGGUGCGGGAUGAAGUUCAGCCAUCUCCUGCUCCGCACUCCAUGUCCAUGGCAUCGAUAGAUUCGGAGGGCUCAUGGUUCGGAGGCCGGGUCAACCGCAAGCGGACGUCUUCUGGCGUGCGCGGUUCCAUGAAUAAUUACCCAUUACGAUCAGUAUCCGGGGAUUCAGUGGAUCAGGACGAAGACGCCACACAUGAUAGAGACUUCCUCAAUAUUGUCACGGACGAGAAACACUUGAACCGCAAGUCAACAGGCGAGGCUCUGCCAAGCAGUGAUGAGGAGGACGAGAUAGAGUCACCCAAAUGGGGUAACGUCACGCGGACGCCAACUUUUACUCACCACCGAGAAACGAUGCGCAGCCGGGAAGGUCUCCUGCUGCACUCUUUUGAGGACGAUGAGAAGGAAUACGAAAGCGAAAAGGGCAGCGAAGAAGUGUCCUCUUUUGGUGCAGAAUCCCCUGUCAAUUUGCAGAGCGCAACAAGCGUCAAGGUUGCAAAGGGACACGGCCGUAACUAUAGUGCCGGAAGCGCCAAGCUUCUUGACAUUUCUCCUCGAGUUUCUUCGGACAUCCGCAGAAGUCUCGAACCGGUUACGCAAUAA